AUGGCCUCUCCGCUGGACGGCGGCCCCUUGGACCCGGAGCCCGCCAGCCAGCGCUCCGCCUUCCCCACCGACGAGGAGGCCGGCGGGGGCGGGGGCCGGGGCGGGGUCGGGGGCGGGGUCCCGCGGCGCCCCCCGGCCUCUGCCCCCCCGGACCCGAAGGGCCCGCCGGAGGAGGAGCGGCGGCGCCGGCGGGGGAGGGCCCGCGUGCGGAGUGAGGCGGCGCUGCACACCAUCCGCAAGAGCCGGCGGGUGAAGGCCAACGACCGCGAGCGGAACCGCAUGCACAACCUCAACGCAGCCCUGGACGAGCUGCGCGGGGUCCUGCCCACCUUCCCCGACGACACCAAGCUCACCAAGAUCGAGACGCUCCGCUUCGCCUACAACUACAUCUGGGCGUUGUCCGAAACCCUGCGCCUGGCCGACCAGGGCCUGCAAGGAGCCCCCAAGGACCUGCUGCUGCCGGCCUUCCUCGGCCCCGCCGCCCCGCCCAGCCCCGGGAGCGACGCCGAGUCCUGGGCCUCCAGCGCAUCCCCUGCCUCUUCCACGUCCAACCCCAGCAGCCCCGCCACCUCUGAGGACUACUGCUACGGACCUACAGAGACCCUCUUCGCCUUCCACCCCCUCCCCAAAGACUUGCUGGCCGGAGCCCCCUGCUUCGUGCAGUUCCACUAGGCGGGGGAGGCCGGGACCCUUCGCGUAGGCUUCGGCUCACCCUUGGGGAGACGGCCCGGCCGGCCUUGGCCUGCUUCGGCGGGUUGUGCUUUCCCCUCCGUGCCAGUCCGCUGACGGGGCGCAAACCCCUCUCCUUCCCGCUCUCCCGGCAAACGUUUCUCCCUUUUGCACUUUUUUGAACUCCACAAAACCCCUCUUUCCUUGGUGGCUAUGUUCGGAGCUGACCCGCGCCUCCGCCUCCCUCUGAUUUAGUAAAGGAAAGACAAGGGGGCAGAGCUGUGCCGCAGACGAGGUGAAAAGUCAAUUUUACAAUUUGUAGAACUCUAAGGAAGAAAAAUGGGCAUGAAAAUCCGGUGUGAAACGGCCCACAAUGCGAUACAAUGAAAGGGCUUAAAAAGGGGCGAGAGGGAGCCACGCAUCGCGGACUUUGACCCCCACCCCCCACCCCCGCCACUGGUAUCGGGCUUUAAAGUCGAUCCAGCCUCGAGGCCAACUGGAUGGGUGCAGCCACCGGGCUGGGGGCUGGCCCUGGGGUUCAGCUUAAUUUAUUCAAGAGGUUUCAUUCAUUCGGUGAAAAAAUGUAUUUUUGUACAGAAAGAGGUUUAUUCUAUUAUUACGUACGCGCGAUCGAAGUCGAAACUCGUUUUGUACCGCCGAGGCUGUGUGUAAAUAAAAGUGGUUUUUAACGUUUGUA